AAAAACUCAAAGAAGCUUCUUCUUCAUAAUCAUCACCACCACCAAGCUUAUCAUACCCUUCUUCACUCUCUCUCUCUCUCCCCCCUCAGUCUGUGUAUAUCUUUGAACUUUAAUAUCUAAAGCUAAGUGAGUUCUUCUUCUUCUUCGUCUGUACUUUAUUCCCUGCUAAAGCUAUCGUUUCAUGUCUAUGCCCUUAGAGCAUGAUUACAUAGGCUUAUCAGAGUCUGUUCCUUCAAUGGAAAGCUCUGGCAAGUCUUCUGAGAAGAAAAGUGGUUCUGGUUUGAACCUCAAGGCUACUGAGUUGAGGCUGGGCUUGCCCGGGUCCGAGUCCCCGGAAAGAGAGGAGGGUCUUGCUGGGGUGGAGAGUGUGGAUUCGGAUAAAAAUGGGUACACUGUUGGAGUUCUUAAGAGCUUGGUGACUGGAGCCAAGAGAGGUUUCUCUGACGCCAUUGAUGGAACUUCUGGCAAGUGGGUUUUUUCUGGAAACAGUGGAUCUGAGGCUGAUUUGGGUAAAGGUGGUAACUUGUUUUCUCCUCGAGGUGUUAAUAAUGGUGGCGUGGCUCUUGGUGGGUCGGAGUGUAACAAUCAGACAACGGGUUUGACUGUCUCGUCAACUGUGAAUGAUGGGGUUCCUCAGUCCCCAAAGCCAUUGCAGCAGAAGAAGCCUCAGGCCUCUGCUCCGGCUUUAAAAGCACAGGUUGUGGGAUGGCCACCAAUUCGAUCUUUCCGGAAGAAUUCAAUGGCUUCUCAUCCUCCCAAGAAUGAUGAUGAUGCAGAAGCUAAUGCAGGAUCGGGUUGUCUUUAUGUUAAGGUCAGCAUGGAUGGUGCACCAUACCUAAGGAAAGUUGAUCUUAAAAUUUAUGGCAGUUAUAUGGAUCUAUCUUCAGCACUGGAAAAAAUGUUCACCUGCUUUACAAUUGGUCAAUGUGGCUCUAAUGGAUUGACUAAAAGCCGGUUAAUGGAUCUCCUCCAUGGUUCGGAAUAUGUACUCACCUAUGAAGACAAGGAUGGAGAUUGGAUGCUAGUGGGUGACGUUCCUUGGGAGAUGUUUACCGAGUCAUGUAAGAGGCUGAGGAUAAUGAAGAGUUCAGAGGCUAUUGGUCUUGCCCCAAGGGCCAUGGAGAAGUGCAAAAAUCUUAACUAGUGCUUGUGCUUGAGGACACCAUGGAUGGACCAAAAUGCACAAAAGCUUUAGUGGCUCAUCAAAAUUAGGCGUCAUCUGUUUCCUAUUAUUCAUGUAUGAUUUCUACAUAUUAAAUAUUUUGUGUUUAGUGUAACAAAAAGAAACAACUUAGUAGGGCCAGAUAUGUAAUUUUAGAGUUUUCCAGGAUGUUUUCGAAUAUCUGAUACCCUUUUCUGCUGCCUUCUCUCUAUGUACGAAUGUUGGCUGCAUAAAAGUUACAAUGAUUAUAUAUGUAAAUGGUUUGUUUGCCUUAA